UUCUCUGCUGAUCCUCUCAAGCUCUGUCAGGUUGGAUGGAGACCGUAAGUGGACAGCCAUUUUCGGGUUUCUAGAGAUGGUCGAUUGGGUUCAGGCAAUGGUUCUUGCUUCUCUGGCAGAACAUUCACUCCCUUUCAUUAUGGCACCUGUGGUUAUGGAACUGGCACAGACGUUGGCUGUUGCACUAAGCAGAAUGAAGCUGUCAAGCACAUCAGCAUCUUAUAAAGUGGUCAGUGGAUUGUGGCAGAUCAUCACUGAGAGGAUCUUCAGCAACACACAGAAGCAUCCAUUUUCCAUUAACCUUGAUGAAAGUAACUCCAAUGGUGAUAAAAAGGUGCUUUCCAUCCUGGUUAUCUACUUCAACCCAGAGAGGAAGACCAGUGAUGUUGAGCACCUUAGGUCUUUUGAAAUCUUGAAGAUCACUGCAGGCAUUCUGGAAAAGGCUGUGGAUAAGUUCUUCAAAGAUAACAACAUCCCAUGGUCCAACCUUGAUGACAGAUUCCUGUGGUGUCAUUCAAGGCACCAAGAUGGAUCUGGAAACAAGAGCGUGACAGAACUACUGCCUAAAGCUUCAAAGAGGUUUUCAGAUUCUUUCAACAACCAUCUAGAACAGCUUUUCUGUGACCUUCAUGCUGAUCACCAGUGGGCUUCUGACCAGGCUUACCUCCAAGAGGUAUGUGAAUAUCUGAAAAUUCCUGGAUCAACUCCCAAGGGAUUUGUCCAGCAGGGUUGGCUGUCAGCUUAUGAUGUUGGCAUCGGCACUCAGACAAUGCUUCCUGCCUGCAAAGUCCUGUACUACGGGUUCAUGGAUGAAGAAGACAAGGCCCUCUACAAGGAACCUUCGGAACAACUCUAUGCCAAUCACAGUGUGAACGAAAAGGCCCAGAGACGUAUUCAGUCUUUUCAGAGUGACCUCAGCAGGAAAGCUGCUGAAGCCCUUCAUAGACCGAGUAUUUCAGGCAUACACUGCAUGUGGGAAAUACAUGCAGAAAAACCUGCUACUGGAGAGCAGGACCCUGCAGUGCCUGUCUGCUGUCGACCCAGUUGCAAGGGGGCACUCACAGACUGUAUGUUAGCUGAGAAAACUAAUUGAGAUGUUGGGCCAGUUUCUACCUGGUAAUGUGGAUGCUCACCGAGAGGUUCUGCAGUAUGCCAUGGACCAGAGCCAGUCCACUUUUAAGGAAGGGGACAAUGCUGUAAGAUGGUUGGCUACUAUCUUUGAGACCAGAAGAUAUCCGGCUCUCAGCCAAGCAGUGAAGGCUGCAUUGUCAGUGCUCCAUGGGCCGCUGGUGGAAACCUCUUUCAUUCUCAUGUCAGACAUCAUCAACCCGAGAAGCACCAGCAUGAACAUUUCCACACUCACUGCAAUCCAAACUGUGAAACACACCCUGCCAACCCGGAAGCUGACGGCAGUGGAAAUGUUCAAAAGAGAAGACAUUAAGUUUGGGCCAGUGGACACGAGGAUGUGCCACAACAUGACAUCAGUGGGCACCAAGGACAAAGCUCUGAUACAGCAAGCAGCUCUGAGGGAGAGAGAGCACAGGAGCGAGUUUAACUGCCAGCCAUGCACAAGUGCUGCUGAAGCAAGACGAGGCAUGGCUGAGCAGGAAAAGCUGGAGCAGCGCAAACGUGCAUGUCAAACACUUGUACAGGAAAGAGAGUUUUUAAAAAAUCAGAAAGAAAAGCAUGAUG